AUGUCAAGAAUACUGGAACAAUAUCACUCUAUGUUUCUCUAUGUGAAUUAUCUAUCUUUGGAUAGCGAAGAUGGCUAUACAAGGUGUUACAGAGAAUUAUUUUUAGCUGUAAGUACCCUAAUGCAGUACCUGAUAAUAUACAAGAUAUGCAUAAUAUGUUACAAGCUAUUUUUCCUGAAAAUAUUACCAAUAUCGAAUUGAAAUUUUGGAUAUAUUGAAUCUUGGCUAAAAUAGAUGAGCUUCCUAUGAAUGGAAAGGACAAUCCUUAAUUUUUUAAAACGUAAUGUUAAUUCGUCUUCCGAACGUCUUCCGUUAUUCCAAAAGAUAUUUUUUAUUCAUAUUUAUUUAUUUAUUUAUAUUUUUAUCGUAUCUUUACUAUUCUUGGGAAUCAUUGAUGCAUAAACGUUUUUUAUUCUUCUCAUCGUAUUGUCUUUCGAUGUAGGCAGCACAAUUAUUCCAUGACAAUAAAUGUAUGAUUUUUUUAGAGGAAAAGUUUUAUCAAUUCGUAAAUCCCAGACACGGUUUACAUUCCACUAAUGACCUAUAUUAUUUCGUCGAAUUCAUUUUAUCAAGUAAGAUUUCAGUUAUCGGUUAUCCGCUUCCUUUUGGAGGUAGCUAUAUAAAAGAAGAAUUGUUUUAAUUUGUUUAUUUUGCGACGCAAGAGUACUCAAUAGCGUUUAUGUUAGCGUUUCUUUUUAAUGAACACAUAAAAACAUAUACUUCAGCAUGGUGCUGUGGAUAACGUUUUUUAACAUUGUUGUAAUUACUACCAUCUGUAAUCAAUUAAUAGCUGGUGAUGAUCUGUUGAAUUCUUCUGAAAUAGCAGACACUACUAUUCCAUUGAAUGAUUAUCCAAAACAAGUCUAUGAAGGUGUGAAGGGGAGAAAGAAAUCAUCUUUCUUUCCUGGAGGUUGCAGCAAACAACCGAAUGCACCUUUAAAUGGAGAAAUAAGGUGCUCCGUGGACAGCGGAUGUAUUGCAACUUGUAAACAUGAUUAUGAAUUUCCCAAUGGGAUGACAAAGUUAGCUGUAACGUGCACAAACAAGGAAUGGCAUAUCUAUGAUACAGAUUGGGAUUCUAUACCUCACUGUGAACCAAUUUGUAUACCAGAAUGCUUAAACAACGGAAUUUGUGUCGCACCCCAUCAAUGCGAUUGCCCUGGAGACUUCACUGGACCGCAAUGUCAAUUUGAGAAGAAACCAUGCCUAAAUUUCCCUGCUCUGGUGCUUAAUGCACAUAAAAAGUGCAACUCACAAUCGUGUACCGUAUCCUGCAUGAAGAACUUCACGUUCCCGGAUGGCACCUCCGUCACUAAUCUCAUGUGCAAGAAUGGAAAUUGGGAGCCCACUAGAAAAGACUGGGUCUCCAUACCUAAUUGUGAACCUGCUGAUACUUGCAAUGAAGAGAAAAUGGGUUUCAACGGAGCCUUCUUUUGUUCAAGCGUUGAUGAUACUUAUUCCUGUACUAUAAAUUGUCCCGCUGGAGUAGAAUUCGAGUUUCCCCCAGUCGCCACGUACGUUUGCAACUAUGAAACAGGUGUUUUUGCGCCGCAGCCAAUUCCUCAAUGUAAAUACGACAACAAUAUGAAUGUAAUUUCCUUGGGAGCUAUGUACAACUCCUACGUUAAGGAGACUAAUCAUACUUGGACCUAUCAGGACAUCUUCAAGUCUUAUACGAACGAAUUAUCACUUCAAGGCAAUUAUGGAAUCACGCAACAUUAUAGCAAUCAUGAAUCUAACAUGAUGCUCAAUCCAUUGAAGAAUAACGUACUGUUUAUCGAGGAAAAGAGACCAGUUCCGGAAACGUGUUUCACAUGGAGCGGAGUACAUUACAAGACUUUUGACGACAGUGUUUUCAGCUUCAGCAGUGAAUGUUCUCAUAUCUUGGUGCAAGAGGCGCAGAACAGACUGUUCACUAUAACUGUGGAGAAUAGCCCAACUUGCAAAGAUCAGAACUGUUUUAGGAUCGUCAGAAUUUACAUCCAGGAUAAGGAAUACAUUCUACUGCGAAACGAAGACGGCGUACCAGAGUUUAGAACCAAAAAGCACCGGCUUCCAAUUCCAGCGCAGCUCUCUGCAUUGAGAGCUGAAACGUCUGCACACUUCAUCGUGGUAACUAUGGAUUCUUUGGGGGUUCGGUUGAAAUGGGAUGGAGCUCUCCUGUUACAAGUCGAAGCCGCAGAAAAUCUGUGGAACAAGACGAUCGGUCUGUGCGGUAACAUGAACGGCAAUAAACGCGACGAUUUAAUGAGCAAGAAUGGAGAGCAUACUAAAAGUGUCGCGUCGUUUGCUACUUCUUGGCGAACGGAAGAUAUCGGAGAAACAUGCGACGAAUAUCCAAACACUAAGCAUUCCUGUGAAUCCGAUUCAUUGAUUACCAAAGAUGCCAUUGAAUUUUGUGCAAAAUUAUUUUCUGACCGCCGAUUCAAAGCUUGCGCCAGUACAAUUAACGUUGAUGAGCUGCAAACAGCUUGUCUCUCGGAUUACUGCUCUUGUUUGGACAUUGACAGAAAAAAAUGUGCUUGCGACACUAUAAAUGUAUAUAUCAGACAGUGUGCUCACAAGAAAGUUGUGUCCCUGUCUGGUUGGAGGAAUUUUGACACCUGUCCCAUGACAUGUAGCAAUGGACGAGUGUACAUGCCGUGUGGUCCAAAAGUGGAAUCAUCUUGUUGGACAGAAGAAGAGAAAAAGCUAAAUGCAGAGGAUUGCGAAGAGGGCUGUUUCUGUCCAGAAGGAACGGUAGCUUAUGAAGGAAGGUGUGUUCAACCUGACGAGUGCCCUUGCAAGCUACGUGGAAAAUUAUUUCAGCCUGGGAACAAUGUACAAAAAGAUUGCAACACUUGCACGUGUUCCUCUGGAAAAUGGAUAUGCACCCAAGCAAGAUGCAGUGCUAGAUGUGCUGUCGUCGGUGAUCCCCAUUACGUUACUUUCGAUGGGAAGCAUUAUGACUUUAUGGGGAAAUGCAAGUAUUAUUUGAUGAAGGGUGAUGAUUACAGCAUCGAAGGUGAAAAUGUUCCCUGUUCUGGUGCAAUAUCGGAGAAAAUGGGACUCGUUUCUUCCGACGUACCAUCUUGUACGAAAACUAUCAGGAUCAAUUACAAAGGUACUAUUCUGAAGUUGAAGCAACAUAGACAAGUAUUGAUCAAUGGAGAUGACUUAACAAUGUUUCCUACAUUUACUCACGGAAUCAGGAUACGUAUUGCAAGCAGUAUAUUUAUGAUUGUUCAAUUGCCGAACGGUCUAGAGAUAUGGUGGGACGGGAUUUCUCGCGUUUACAUCAACGCUCCUCCAGAAUUUCAUGGCAAUACAAGGGGACUUUGCGGCACGUUCUCUGAGAAUCAGAAGGAUGAUUUUAUCACGCCAGAGGGUGACAUUGAAAGCACGGCAAUUGCCUUUGCUAACAAAUGGAAGUGUGACGGGUUUUGUCCCGAUAUUCCAGAUAAAGAAUCGGAUCAUCCUUGUGAUCUUAAUCCACAGAAACGAGCUACUGCGAAGCAAUAUUGUUCAUAUUUAUAUAGCGACAUCUUUGCUGACUGCCACUGGUACGUAGAUCCAGAUACAUUCUACAAAGACUGUUUAUACGAUAUGUGUUCCUGUAAAGUUGAACUUGAAUCUUGUCUUUGUCCCAUGUUGGCUGCAUAUGCCAAAGACUGUACAGCUGCCGGAAUAAAGCUUUCAUGGCAUCAGAAUGUAGAGGAAUGUAAAAUUCAUUGUCCACGAAAUCAAGUGUAUCAAAUUUGUGGAAAUAGUUGCACCAGGUCUUGCGGAGACAUAUCUUCUUAUCAGAACUGCAAACAGGAGUGCAUAGAAGGAUGUAACUGUCCAGAGGGAGAAACGUUGGAUAUCCACGGGGAGUGCAUUCCAAUUGGACAGUGUCCAUGCACUUAUGGCGGAUUGGAGUUUAGCCCAGGGCAUAAAGAAGUCAGACCUGGGAACAAAGCUCUUGAACUUUGUACCUGUACAGGUGGAAUUUGGAACUGUCGGGAAGCUACACCGAACGAGAUUAGAGAGUAUCCAGCAGCCAAGGACCUAUUGACCUCGUGUGUGGCAAGCAAUAAUCAGGAAGUUACAGAGUGUGCACCAACAGAGCCUAGAACUUGUCGCAAUAUGCAUAAACCAAUCCAAAAACCACUGAUCUGCAAAUCUGGCUGUAUUUGCAAACCUGGUUACGUUUUGAACGAACCAAAUGGCAAUUGUAUCAAACAGGAAUCUUGUCCGUGUCAUCAUGGAGGUCAGAGCUACGAGGAAGAAUCUGUUAUACAAAAUGACUGCAAUACUUGUAAAUGCAUCAAUGGAACGUGGAAAUGCACUGAUAGAACAUGCGCAGGUGUCUGUUCUGCUUGGGGAGACUCCCAUUACAAGACAUUUGAUGGAAAACUUUAUAACUUCGAGGGAGUAUGCGAUUACGUUCUUGCGAAGGGUUCCUUGAGUCAGGAUGAUUGUUUCGAUGUGUCUAUUCAGAAUGUUCCUUGUGGAACAACCGGAGUGUCGUGCUCCAAAUCAAUCACUCUUACUGUCGGAAAUGGCCUAUCUUCAGAGAGAAUUGUCUUGACCAGAGGAAAGGAACUUCCAACAGAUAAUUUCAAGAGAAUGGCCAUAAGAACAGCUGGGCUAUUUGUAUUUGUUGAUGUGCCAGACAUGGGAUUGACUGUACAAUGGGAUAAAGGGACCAGAGUAUAUAUAAGACUAGAGCCUAGCUGGCAGGGACGCAUGAAAGGGCUCUGUGGUGAUUACAACAAUAAUAGCGAGGAUGAUUUCAAAACACCUUCAGGCGGAAUCUCAGAAGUAUCUGCUAAUCUAUUUGGAGAUUCCUGGAAGAAGAAUGAGUUCUGUGCUGAGCCUAAAGACGUCGUAGAUCCUUGUAUACAACAUCCGGAGAGAAAUCUAUGGGCUGUGCAGGAAUGUGGAAUAUUAAAAUCACCAAUUUUCCAACCUUGCCACUCCGAGGUUGAGGUGGAGAGCUAUUUGCGCAACUGUGUAUUCGAUACUUGCAGUUGUGAUACAGGCGGAGAUUGCAGUUGUCUUUGCACUGCCUUGGCAGCAUAUGCCCAAGAAUGCAAUACAAAGGGGGUUCCCAUAAAAUGGCGUAGUCAAGAACUCUGUCCCAUACAAUGUGACGAAAAAUGUAGCUCGUACUCUCCUUGCAUUACAACAUGUCCUCGCAAAACUUGCGAUAAUCUCAUGACACUGAAGGAUAAGACUCAUUUGUGUUCCCAAGAUACUUGUGUUGAAGGAUGCUUUGUGAAAUCUUGCCCACAGAAUCAAGUGUACAGCAAUGACAGUUACACGGAAUGUGUUCCCAAAGAAACUUGCAAAACACCUUGUACCGAGAUCAAUGGGAUAAUUUACUACGAGGGUGACAGCGUGAAGAGCGACGACUGUCAGACGUGUUACUGCAGUCGUGGGAAAGUAUUGUGCAAAGGAGAACCUUGUACAAGUGUCACUGUAUCAAGUGUUACCGUACCACUAGAGGAACCACAGAAAUGCGUAAAUGGCUGGACUGCUUGGAUAAAUCAGGAUCCAGCAAUUAAAGGGAAGAAAUUUGAAGACAUCGAACCUUUACCUUCAUCCUUAGAAUUGAUAAACGUUAAGGGGUAUGGUGUAUGUGACAAGAAGGAAAUGGUCGAUAUAAAAUGUAGAUCGGUGAAUGAUCAUUUCACGCCGAAAGAAACUGGUUUAGAUGUAGAAUGCAGUUUGGAACGUGGUCUUUAUUGCCAAUCUCAAUCUGGUCUUCCUUGCAUCGAUUUUGAAAUUAGUGUUUUGUGUCGAUGUCCAGUAAUUACUACAGAAGGACCAGAAAUACCAAGUACGACAAAAGCUUCGUACGAGCAAUGUGAUAUGGAGCAUCUAUAUAAGUCUCAUUCUACAAACUGUCAUCUAUUUUAUCAAUGUACUCCUGGACUCAAUGGCAAUGAGUUUGUAGAGAAAUCGUGCGGAGAAAUGUUUUACAAUCCUCAGGCACAGGUCUGUGAUUGGCCAGUUAAUGUCAUAUCAAUAAGACCAGAGUGUGGAACAGUGGAACAGAAGACAACGCCAAAUAGAGUUGAAUGGACGAGUGACCAUGUCAAAUACAACAGCACCACAUUGAGUACCUUGGCGAAGGAUAUUCUAACUACUAAAGUGUGCAAAGAGGGUGAAAUGUGGAGCGACUGCGCUAUCAAUUGCAACAAGGCUUGUGAUUAUUAUAGGUACAUCUUGGUGAAAGAAGGAAAAUGCGAUGGCAUUUCUGAUUGUAUACCAGGGUGCGUUCCACUGAGUAAACUACAGUGUCAAUUAAAUGAAUUCUGGAGGGACGCGUUCACUUGCGUGGACGAGAGAGACUGUACUUGCAGAUCUCACGAUGGAUAUGCGGUUAUUUCUGGCGCUGUUCUGAAAGAAUCAGAAUGUGAAAUCUGCCAGUGCAUAAAUAACUAUUACACCUGUGACAAAUCAUUGUGUGCCACUGUAACAAACAAAGUAACUACAGAAAAAUUAGUCACACAACCAUUAACAGAAACAACUACAGAAAAAUUAGUCACACAACUAUUAACAGAAACAACUACCGAAAAAUUAGUUACACAACCAUUGACAGAAGCAACUACUAAAAAAUUAGUUACACAACCAUUGACAGAAGCAACUACCAAAAAAUUAGUUACACAACCAUUGACAGAAGCAACUACUGAAAAAUUAAUUACACAACCAUUCACAGAAGCAACUACUUUUUCCAUUUCAUCUUCGACUGUCAGUCAUACAAUUGUAAUACCAAGCACUGUUAGCCCACCAGCUUAUUGUGUCAGCAACAAUUUUAUUCCCUUGAUACAGUAUUUGAACGAUCAAGUUUCUUUCGAUGCCAGUAGUAUUAAAGGUCCCAAGUUUCAAUCAGAAAAUGUAUUAUUGAAUGGAAACACUGGAUUUUGGGAGCCUGAAUAUACCACUACUGACCAAUGGUUGGACAUAAAGUUCCAAAAGCCAGAGUCCAUCUAUGGAAUUGUCGUCCAAGGAAAUGCGAUGGAAAAUAAAUUCGUAACUAGCUACAAAGUACUAUUUUCAGAAAAUGGUCACACGUUUUCGUACGUUGCGGAUGAUAAAAAAGAGCCGCAAGUAUUCAGAGGACCUGUGGAUGAGUUUAAGCCUGUCGAACAAAAGUUUUACGAGCCUAUCGAAGCCAAGGUGGUUCGAGUUAAUCCACUAUCCUGGCACAAUGGUAUAGCCAUGAAAGUAGAAUUGCUUGGUUGUCAAGAAAUGGUGACCACCACUGUACCUGUGACAGAAAGUGUUCCAGCAACAACUACAAUGAUUACAGAAAAAAUCAUAACACCAGUGUGUGAUGAUCCAAUGGGGCUGGACAAUGGUUUAAUUUUCUCUGAACAAAUCUCUGUAUCCUCUUCUUCUACUGAUUUAUUACCGAACUUGAAGUUGUCGUCCUCGAGUGUCUGGCAUCCGAAAUUGGACAAUCCACAUCAAUUCGUAAAGAUCGACUUUCUGGAGCCUCGUAAUUUAACUGGAGUGGCUACCAAGGGUGGCGAGAAUACUUGGACGACGGUUUACAAAGUGUUUUACAGUUACAACGACGAUUAUCGAUGGAAUCCAGUCGUGGAUGAAAAUGGCUCCGAAAGAGAAUUCUUGGGCAACUUUGACUCUGACACAGUCAAGAAGAACUACUUCGAUAAACCAUUGAAUGCGAGAUAUUUGAAAGUGCAACCGAUUAAGUGGCACAAUCAGAUCGGUCUGAAACUUGAAGUUCUUGGUUGCUUCUUACCUUAUCAUCGAGUCGAAGUGACCACUGAGAAAUUGGAAACGACAGAGCCAAUAACAGAGCUAAUAACAGAACAGCCGUUCAAAAAAUGCAAUGUCUGCGAAGGAGUGCAAAAUGAAAACAAAAUUGAUUGCAAAUGCACUGAAUCACUCUGGUGGAAUGGAGAUACUUGUGUUGCCAAGCAGGAAUGUCCUUGUAUAGUUGGACAUAUUCCAUACAAUGUUGGUGUAGUUUACAUCGAUGAAAAUUGUCAAGAAUGCACAUGUACCUUGGGUGGCGUCUCUUUCUGUCAGCCAAUAAAGUGUGAUCCUUGCGAACUGCCAAAAAUGAGACCAGUGGUCAACGAACUGUGCAACUGUUUGUGCAAACCUUGUCCAAAUGGCACGCUUCACUGCCCGACCAGUGACGUUUGCAUCGAUGAGGAUUUAUGGUGCAACGGAGUUCAGGAUUGUCCAGACGACGAAAAAAAUUGUUCACAGACUACUGAAGAAACUACUGUAAUGAAAAUAGAAACUACGACUCCAACUGCAGUUCCAAUUGUGUGCGAAGAUCCUAUAUGUCCAGUAGGAUACAAAACAGUCUUAAAAAUACCUAAAGAAUCACAGUACUAUACUAGACCCCAUGCGAGAGAAGGAGUGAAAUCUUUUCGCAAGAAUUCAUCAAGGAGGAAAGGACUAAGGAAAUCUAUGCAUCAUCAUUUGAAACAUAGUGAAAAGCUUGAAAUUGAAAAGGAAUGUGUACAAUUCAUUUGCGUGCCUGUGAAGCCACCAGUUUUCAAUCCGACUCAACACGAGACCUGUCCAAAGGUGUCUUGUCCACCAGGUUACACAGUUGUUUAUGAGAAAAUGAGCAUGUAUAAGCUUCAGAAGUGUCCCAAAUACAGCUGUAAGCCUCCACCGCCGACAGAAGUUGUUUGUAACGUGACAGGAAGAACGUUCAAUACCUUUGAUAAACUAGAGUACAAAUAUGAUAUCUGCAAUCACAUUUUGGCAAGAGAUAUGUUUACCAAUAAGUGGUACAUCACACUGGAGAAACAAUGCGACUCGCAUACUGGCCAAUGUAUUAAAGUUUUGGCAGUGGCUUUGGACGCAGAUCUAGUCAUUCUGUACCCUGAUAUGCACGUGGACAUUAACGAAUACAGCUUCACACCAAAGCAGAUAGCCAGAAUCAGUAACAAGUUUCCUACUUUCAAAAUAGCGAACAUAGGAGAUAUCACGUACUUGGUGUCCAACUAUUACGGAUUCUGGGUGAUAUGGGAUAGCAGUUCGAACGUGAAGAUAGGAAUCUCCACAAAAUUGGCUCGUCAGGUAGACGGUUUGUGCGGAUACUUCGACGGAUACUCUAUGAAUGAUAAACAAUUGCCUGACGGGAAUCAAGCUCGAAGCACUUUAGAAUUUGGAAACAGUUGGGCCAUGGAAGGCGUUCCGGAAUGUGAUCCACAGGUUUGCCCAUACGACUUGCAAACGGAGAGCUGGAACAUCUGUAAUCUAGUGAAGGACACCUCGCUGGUUGAAUGCUCGAGCACUGUGAAUUUGGAGAAAUUUAUAUCCGGCUGUGUAGAGAAUACGUGCAACUGUCUGCGCAGUAACUUCACGUACGAUGACUGUCGUUGUCGCUUAUUAACCAGUUUUGUCAGCGAGUGCCAAGCUUGUGACUUGAAUGUAGAUCUGUCUACUUGGAGGAGCACGCAUGACUGUCCAGCAUCUUGCACUCCGCCUUUUGUUCACAAAGACUGCUUCAGAAACAAGUGUGAGACCAGUUGCGAGAGCCUGCGACAAAUAGAUCCCUGUCCAGUGAUGCAAGGGAUAUGUUUCUCUGGCUGCUUCUGCCCGGAGGGAACAGUGCGCAACGGGGACGAGUGUGUACCCCCUACGCAUUGCAAAGACUGCGUUUGCGAGUGGCUAGGGAACUCCAAGUUUAUCACCUUCGACAGGAAGAACAUCAAAUUCGACGGGAACUGCACAUACGUUCUUUCUAGAGACGUCGUUGAAAACAUAAAGGGAAACGAAGGGUACACUUAUCAAGUCUUAGUGUCAAAUAGAAUUUGCGACAGCGGGAUAUGCACCGAGGCAGUCAUAGUUCUCUAUCAAAGUCACGUAGUUAAGAUCAAAGAGGAUGUGCCUACUCAGGAGUUCGACGUGGAACUCGAUGGCUCAAAGGUGUACAAGUUCCCCUUCAAUACGUCUUGGUUGACCCUGGAACAAACGCCAUCGAAGAAGAUGCAGUUGCUGAUACCUUCAAUUCAGUUGGAGAUCACUGGCUAUCAGCCGAACUUCGCAUUUAGUUUGACCGUUCCCUCGCACAUCUUUGGAGGUGCUAUGGAAGGUCUUUGUGGCAAUUGCAACGAAGAACCAGACGAUGAUUUGAAGCAAUCUGAUGGCCAGAUUACGGACAGUAUGCAAGAUUUUGGUGCAAGCUGGUUGGUCACAAAACCACCAAAUAAUGUUGACAUAGACACGAGUGCAUGUGUCUUCAACAAUGAGAGCAAAUGCGUUCUACCGCCAGCCGAUCGAGAUCCAUGCAGGAAAUUAUUGGACGCAAUGGACUUUGGCACGUGUCACAGUCUUGUUGAUCCAAUGCCGUACUUCAUGGCUUGUCAAGACAGUAUGUGUUCCGGAGGAGGCUACUGCGACAGCUUCGAAGCGUAUUCGAGGAAAUGUCAGCAAACGGGCGUCUGUCUAAUCUGGAGGAGCAGCGAAAUGUGUCCUUACGUUUGCCCGCCGCACUUGGAGUAUCAACCUUGUGGAUCUGCUUGUAAAGAAACUUGCGACACAAUCAACGAGAUCAGUGACGCUGCGUGUUCGAGGAAUUACGAAGAAGGUUGUUUCUGUCCUCAGAACCUCGUCUUCCUUAACGAAACUUGCAUUCCAAAGGAAAAAUGCUUGUUGUGCGACGAAGAUGGGCACGUCGAAGGUAAUACGUGGUUCCCAGAUGCUUGCACCAGAUGCACUUGUAGUAAAAAGGUUAUCAGUUGCGAGAGAACCGAGUGCCCGGCAGUGGACACUAUCUGCGAAGAGAACAUGGCACCUGUGGCCGUUAAUGGAACACAAGAAGACUGUUGCGUUAAAUACAUUUGCGUUCCAAAGUCGGUGACCACCGUGGCACCCUUAUGCACCGAGGAGUCUCAAAUUCCCGAGUGUGGCUACGGACAGGUCACAAAAAUAUCCACAGAUUCCUACGGAUGCAAGAAAUUCAUCUGCGAGUGUGUACCACCUGAAGAAUGUCCUGUUCUCAACGACGUCACGCCAGAAGUCGAGGAGUUAGAACCUGGCUUCGUGCAGGUGACGAAUACCUCUGGCUGUUGUCCAAAAUCUAUGGCUAUCUGCGAUCCUAAAACUUGCCCCUCAGUACCAUCUUGUCCAGAAUAUCACGAGUUGAAGACUGAUACGAAGCGGGACGCUUGUUGCGCCACGUACGAGUGCGUACCACCAAAGGAUUUAUGCCUGUAUAACGUCGAAUCGCAGAGUAAGAUUGAAAUGUCGGAACACAUAGUAGCAAAGAAACUCGGGGAACAGUGGACGGAUGGAAAGUGCAUUUCUUGCAUUUGCGAGCCUUCCGAGAAGGGGCCCAAGCCAAAGUGCUUCACCACAGAGUGUCUCAGAGCAGUAGAUCACCCAGAUGUAUUUGACUUCGUCGUGGAGGAGGUUCUCGUAAAGGAUAGAUGUUGUCCUAGUUUCGAGAGAACAGCUUGCAAGGAUGGAGACAAGAUUUACGAGGUUGACGACGUCUGGCAACCAAAUCUCGAAGACAGUUGCACCAUGGUAAAAUGUAUCAGGGACGAGAACGGAGUGGAGAAACAGGUGCAGGUGCAAGAAUGCGUGACUGCGUGUGAUCCUGGCUUUGAAUAUCAGCCGACGGAUAACAGAAGCACCGCUUGCUGCGGACGAUGCGUGCCAGUAGCUUGUGUGGUCAACGACAGAGUGAUAAAUGUAGGAGAAGAGUUACUCUCUCCUGAUUUUUGCACCAAGUAUUCUUGCCAGUCCAACAACGAGCGUGUCUACGUGGAAUCUCUUACAGAAAAAUGUCCAGAGAUAGACGCUCGAGACGCGGCUGAAUUUGAGAUAGAAAAGCGGAAUAUCCCAGGCCAGUGUUGCCCGCAGUUUGUUAAAGUCGCGUGUCGUCAUAACGGCACCGUGUACAGGCCUGGAGAGAAAUGGAAAUCGUUGGAUGACAAAUGUGUCACGGAGGUCUGCAUGCUGGACGACACCGUGACAAAAUACAAGGACACAGAAGUUUGCAACAAAAAUUGCUCCGUUGGCUGGGUGUACGAGGAGAAUGAGACUGAAUGUUGUGGAAAAUGCAAGCAGGCUUACUGCGUCGUCGGGGACACGUUGUACAAGCCUGAUGCAACCUGGUCCUCCGCUGAUAAUUGCACCUCGUUUUCUUGCAUGGCUCAGAGGGAUCAACUAGUCGUCAGCAGCAGUUCUGUGGUCUGCCCUGACGUAACCCAUUGUCCACCGACCUCGAUUUACGUACAAAACUGCUGCAAGAUGUGCAAUUUCACGGCGCAUAAUCAGAAAGUUGACUCUUGCGCUGCUGAUGUCUUGGAGCUGCAAAGCACCAUCGGUAUAUUCAGCAUCAAGCAUCGAGGACACGGCGUUUGCAAGAAUUUGGAGCCCAUCGACGGAGUCACCGAGUGCCGUGGCAAAUGUGAAUCCAGUACCUACUUCGACACAGACAAUUGGAAUCAGGUACUCAAUUGCCAAUGCUGUCAACCAACGGAGUUUAAGCCUCUGAUUGUCCAAUUGACUUGUGAAAACUAUCGAACGUUCAAGAAACAAAUCGCUGUGCCAGUCUCUUGCACUUGCUCAGCCUGCACGUCGGGUGGGACUGGUUACAAAGGAAGAAAAGGCGGAGUAAAGGGUUAGAGACUUAGAAUGCUAAUUAUCAUAAUUGCUGUAAUUGAUAUAUAAACGCAAGCUUCAAAAUAGACUCAAGAAUACAAAAAUAUUAUUCGUUGACUUUAUUAAUGAAUUCAUAUAUGUAUGUGUAUACAUAUACAUAUAUAUAUAU